UAUUAGUCACACAAAGGGAUUAAAAACAGGAUGAAGACGAGAGCUUUUGUCGUAGCUUGUUUGGCACUGUUCUGUAUCCUAGGGGUUUGUCAAGGUGGCGACCUUAGAAAAAAAUUCUACAAGCUGACAUGUUCUCAAGCCGAGGACAUUGUUAGGACCAAAAUCCAGGAACAUGUCUCUGCAAGACCUGAAUUGCCUGCCAAGUUGAUCAGACUGCAUUUUCAUGAUUGUUUUGUCAGGGGUUGUGAUGGUUCGGUUUUGCUGGACUCCACUGCCAGCAACACAGCAGAAAAGGAUUCGAUUCCGAACUUAUCUCUGUCGGGCUUCGAUGUCAUUGAUGACAUAAAAGCAUCAUUGGAGGAAAAAUGUCCUGGAACUGUAUCAUGUGCUGACAUACUUGCAUUGGCCGCUAGGGAUGCUGUUUCUGUCCAGUUCAAUAAGCCUAUGUGGGAAGUGCUUACCGGUAGAAGGGAUGGGAGAGUAUCCAUAAGUGGUGAAGCCUUAGCCAAUCUGCCAGCCCCUUUUUUCAACAUCACCCAGCUCAGACAAAGCUUUGAGAGUAAAAAGCUCACAGUGCAUGAUCUGGUUGUGUUAUCAGGAGCACACACAAUUGGGGUAGGUCAUUGCAACUUAUUCAGUAACAGGCUUUUCAACUUCACCGGAAAGGGUGAUCAAGAUCCUUCUCUGAAUCCUACUUAUGCAACUCUUUUGAAGACAAAAUGUCAAAGUCUGAGUGACACCACCACUACAGUAGAGAUGGAUCCUGACAGUUCAAGCACCUUUGACAAUGACUAUUACUCUAUCCUUCUUCAAAACAAGGGUCUAUUCCAAUCAGAUGCUGCCCUUUUAACAGCCAAGGUCUCAAGAAACAUUGUGAAUGAAUUGACCAAACAAGACAAGUUCUUCACAGAGUUUGGGCAGUCAAUGAAGAGAAUGGGAGCGAUUGAGGUCCUCACCGGCUCGGAUGGUGAAAUUAGAACCAAGUGCUCUGUUUCACACAAGGGGAUUAAGAACAGGAUGAAGAUGAGAGCUUUUGUUGUAGCUUGUUUGGCACUGUUCUGUAUCCUAGGGGUUUGUCAAGGUGGCGACCUUAGAAAAAAAUUCUACAAGCUGACAUGUUCUCAAGCCGAGGACAUUGUUAGGACCAAAAUCCAGGAACAUGUCUCUGCAAGGCCUGAAUUGCCUGCCAAGUUGAUCAGACUGCAUUUUCAUGAUUGUUUUGUCAGGGGUUGUGAUGGUUCGGUUUUGCUGGACUCCACUGCCAGCAACACAGCAGAAAAGGAUUCGAUUCCGAACUUAUCUCUGUCGGGCUUCGAUGUCAUUGAUGACAUAAAAGCAUCAUUGGAGGAAAAAUGUCCUGGAACUGUAUCAUGUGCUGACAUACUUGCAUUGGCCGCUAGGGAUGCUGUUUCUGUCCAGUUCAAUAAGCCUAUGUGGGAAGUGCUUACCGGUAGAAGGGAUGGGAGAGUAUCCAUAAGUGGUGAAGCCUUAGCCAAUCUGCCAGCCCCUUUUUUCAACAUCACCCAGCUCAGACAAAGCUUUGAGAGUAAAAAGCUCACAGUGCAUGAUCUGGUUGUGUUAUCAGGAGCACACACAAUUGGGGUAGGUCAUUGCAACUUAUUCAGUAACAGGCUUUUCAACUUCACCGGAAAGGGUGAUCAAGAUCCUUCUCUAAAUCCUACUUAUGCAACUCUUUUGAAGACAAAAUGUCAAAGUCUGAGUGACACCACCACUACAGUAGAGAUGGAUCCUGACAGUUCAAGCACCUUUGACAAUGACUAUUACUCUAUCCUUCUUCAAAACAAGGGUCUAUUCCAAUCAGAUGCUGCCCUUUUAACCGCCAAGGUAUCGAGAAACAUUGUGAAUGAAUUGACCAAACAAGACAAGUUCUUCACAGAGUUUGGGCAGUCAAUGAAGAGAAUGGGAGCCAUUGAAGUCCUCACCGGCUCGGAUGGUGAAAUUAGAACAAAGUGUUCUGUUGUCAACUCUUAAUUAACUCUUUUCUUUUCAUUUCUUCUGUUUCUUUUCCUACAUUUUUUCUUUGAGAAGCCAUUCAGUUAAAUUUGCUUUGUAUACCUUCAAAAUUCAUUUCAGGAAUAAAGGUUGUGUUUAAUUAAUACUA